GGGUGGAGCCUGGACGCGUGUGCGCGCCGCCCGGGCUGCAGCCAUGACUGACAACGACCCGACACCUCUGGCCCGGGCGCUGCUGCAGCAGUGUCUGCACGCUCGCCUCCAAGUGCGCCCCGCCGAGGGGGACGCUGCAGCCCAGUGGGUGGAGGUUCAGAGAGGAUUAGUAAUCUAUGUGUGCUUUUUCAAGGGAGCUGAUAAAGAACUUCUUCCCAAAAUGGUUAACACACUCUUAAAUGUGAAAUUAAGUGAGACAGAAAAUGGCAAGCACGUCUCAAUAUUGGAUCUGCCUGGAGACAUUCUUAUCAUCCCUCAAGCCACCCUUGGGGGAAAAAUAAAAGGAAGAAACAUGCAAUAUCACUCUAACUCUGGAAAAGCAGAAGGGUUGGAACUUUAUUCCCAAUUUGUGACUCUGUGUGAAAAAGAAUUCGCUGCUAACAGCAAGUGUGCUGAAGCUGGGGUUGUGGUAAAACAUGGUACUUACGGGAAUAGGCAGGUAUUAAAGCUGGAUACCAAUGGACCAUACACACACCUAAUUGAGUUUUGAAAAAAAUUAAGUUUCCGCAGUAGUUUUCUGGUAUAAAAUGAUCUGGGCUAUAAUUAGCUUUCCACCACCUUCCACUUAAGUAUGUAGAUCUACAUUUUUAAGCUAGAAAUUCUGUGUCAUCCACAACUCUAUACGCCUGACUGGAUGAGUUUGCCAAGUCACCUAAACCCUGAAUCUCAGUCACUUUUCUUUGUUUUGUCUUCUCCUCUACUUCCACUAAAAGAUUUGAAGAAUAACUUACUAUUCAGAUCAUGGCCACUGUGGAAAUGUUCUCAGAGAGCUGUAUUUUAUUAUUUUGAUACAAAAUUCAUUCAGAACAUAUCUGUGAUGUAGUAUGUAAUAAAAACUACUAUUUGUAUUGAAAGUAAGUUAAACCUACAGUUUUGCCUGGGGUUUGUAAGUUUGUUUGUUUUUUGGUAUUUUAUUUUUCCAUGUUCUGAAUGAAAGAAUAUUUACUAUAUCAUCUCCUUUAGCAGUAUUUGUAAAAUUAUGACAAACAAAUGUUAUUGCACAGCAACUGGAAAGGAGACUAAGCCGGAGAGCACGGGACUUAGCAUGCAUGAGUCCCCAACACUACAUAUGUCAAAGCAGUCCUCUGGUUUUUCUCUAACAUACAUUAAAUAGAAAAAUUAUUUUUGAAGGGGGAAUGUUAUUGUACAUUGUAAUAUUUUUCAAGGUGCUUUAAAUCAAGAGUAUUUCAUUGGUAAAGGAGUAAAGUAUAAUGGGUUAAUUUUUUAAUAUUCUGAUGGUAUACUAAUGUUCUGUUUAUCAUUGUUUUUUAUCAAAACUGAUUUUUUUUAAAGAUUUUUUCUGAUUUUUAAAAAUUUUUAUUAGUGAUUUGUUAAUGGCCUACUGGGGUGUAGUUACAUACCACAUGCACCACCAAAUUCCUGUACGCUCCAACAUAUCUCUAUAGUUUUCACAAAGUCUUAGGGCCAGUUUUUUUUUUUUUAAGUUUCUGUGUUUCAGUUCUGUAUAUUUCACAAAUAAGCAAAAGCAUUGUGUACAGAAUUUUUAUUUUUAAGUUAGUACUUCGUGAAAUUAGUAUUUUUGUUUAUUUGUUUGAUUGGGGGAGCUUCCUUACUGUGAGAAGAAGAAAAUGUUUUUGUUGGGAUUACUUGAAAGCAAGUUCACAUUUUCAUUUCCACAUUGCCUAUUAAAUUAUUUGGAGCCACUGUCACUUUUUUCUAUUAAAUGUUGUAGACAAUGUUUAUAUGCCCCCAAACUUCAUAUGUUGAAGUCUUGUUCUUUGGUCUUGGUAUUUGGGAUGGGCGUGUGAAGGUAAUUAGGGUUUAGAUUAGGCCAUUAGAUGAGGUUGGAGCACUGAUGAUUAAAUCCAAAAGAAGAAAUGGCAGAGAGCUUGGUCUCUUCACAGGGAGACAUAGUAAGGAGUGAGCCAUCCUUAAACAAAAUAAUGAUAAUCCUUAUCAGAAACCAACAAGGCUAGUACCUUGUCUCUAGAUCUAUGAGAAAGUAAAUUUCUGUUGCCAGUUUAUGCUGGGUUGUAAUGACUGCCUGCAUUGAUUGAAUUGAUAUAUUUAAGGCAACUAGUGAAUUCGUUUUUUUAGUGACAAAUGAGGAAGCUAUAAAAAGUCAAGAGUAAAUUAAUCAACAAAAGAUAAUCAGUUUUUUUUUUCUGCAAAUGUUUCUGACUUUAUUUUCCCUAAUAAAAACCUAAAUAUUUGAAAAGUGAAAACCAAAUAUUUCCAAUUACUUCUGAAAAGGUGAAGUUAUCUUGAAUAUUCUAAGUAACUGCUAAUAAUUACUUUGUGUCUAAUAAUUUCUUGUGUUCCUAAGAUGCCUAAUACUUUUUUUUUUUAUGCUUAAUACUUUUAUUCUGACAGAAAUCCUAUUUUUUAUAUCCUUCCUGUACUGCUCUAUUUUGGAACUUGAAAAUCAAUAAUAGGCUUGAUAAUUUGCUCAUUGUCCUUUUCCCUUAUUGAUUGACAAUACAGCUAUUGAAAUUUAAUAAAUUGUUUAUAAACUUGCAAA